AUGGGAACAACUAAAAGUGCUCCUGAAAAAUCCUCAGUUGAAGCCCUUUGUCAGCAAAUAAUGCUCAACAAAGCUGAAUCUCAAUCCGGGCUUUCUAUGACCAAACUUAUCCAUCAAUCCCUCACCAGGGUCCUUCGAGAUAUGAAUAACCCAGAAAAACGCAAAAACACAAUCCAAGAGCUCAGCGGUGUCAAAGGCAUCCCCGCACUAAUUGCUUGUUUAAACACAAAAAUACCUGGUGAAGAGCAAGGCAACAUAAUACAAAGUGAAUCCAUAAAAAUCUUUUAUGAAUUGAUGAUGGACGACAAAGGGAAAUUUGACAUGCUUUUUUCUCACGAUAUCAUACAUGUAGUAAAUCAUCUGGCGUUAUCAAAUACUAAAGAAUUUAUAUCAACACCUAUACGAAUAAUGGUAAAAUGCACAGAAGAUAAAAGCUACUCGGAGAAACUGGAAGCUGUGAACCCUUUAUAUACAUUUAAUGCAGUGCUAGCGGCAACUAUUGUAGAUACACAAACUAACUCCCCCCCCUUUAAAUUGAAACAAAAAAUUUUGUUUCAAUUUAAAGGGGGUUUAAGAAAAUUUUUUUAUAAAAAAAUUUAUAUAUAAAAAUUUUUUCAGAGAUAAAAUUUUAUAGAAAAUAAAUUAUAUAAAUUUAAAGAGACAAUAAAUUGAGUAAAUUAUAUUUAUAACAAUUGGACAAAAUAGAGUUUAAUUUCUAAAUCUUAUAUGUUUGAAGCAUAUUAAAUAGGGUAUUAACGUAUUUACAUAUAAAAUAAUGAUUUUUACCUAUAAAAUUUUCUAUUAUAAUAAAAUUCUGUUUCAGUUUAAAGGGGGGUAAUUUCCCAAAAAAGUAGGAAUUUUACCUAUAUUUUGUUUCAAUUUAAAGGGAGGGGGAGUAAGAUAGAAGUACUGAUAGGGAUUAAAAACUUGGCUACGAAAUUCAAAAAAGAAUUCUUAACCAGAGGAAUUGUAGCGACUUUAUCAGGGAUCAUGCUUACUCCUAUCAACCCUAUAGCUAAUGUUUUAUAAAAAUAAUUGUCAAUUUUCCUUUGGUCUUCACAAUAAAACCCGUGUUUUAUAAAUUGCCAGUUUUUUCGUAUCAAAUUUAUUAAUAACCCUUAGUUAGUGAAAAAUUACCUACUGAAAACAUGGUCAGGCUUGUACUAUCCUGCAUUGCAAUCAUAAUUGAUGAAAAAAACAUUUGCACUAGAUUUAUCGAAGAAGACGUCAUCGAUAAAAUUAGACUCUUUUUGACAAGUAAAAGUCCUGAUAUUCUAUGCUCCGCCACCCAGUGUUUCCAGAUUAUGUGUAACUUCGAAAAUGGUAGAGAAGAAAUCACCAAAGCCGAUUUAAUAUGUCUCAGAGAAAUUUCUACAAGUAAAGACGAGGUUUCUUCUAUCUCAGCAAAAGCCGCUCUAUUGAUUUUAUGUCUAAACGAAGAAAAGCUGGCUUACUUCAAAAAGCACGGCUGGCUAAAUGAUAUUUUUUCUGGCUUUAAAGAUAUGAAAAAUAAUAGCGGGAAGUUUCAAAUUGUGAAUAUAGAAAUUGCCCGAGGAUGGCGCUAUAUCUUGCGCCAUACUCGGGCAAUUCAAAAAAUGGCCCCAUACGGGAAUCGAACCCACGUGUGGGGCCAUUUUUGGUACGUGUAAGUCGAUGUUUUACACAUACCAAAAAUGGCCCCACACGUGGGUUCAAAUUCCCGUGUGGGGCCGGCUUUUUGAAUUGCCCGAGUAUGGCGCAAGAUAGCGCCAUCCUCGGGAAAUUUCUAUACCUUGAAACAGCUGUCUAAAGACUGCUUAAAAUAUACUUUAUAUGACCUUUACCAUUCUUUAAUAGAUCCCCUGCUCAUUCUUGUACAAGAUUCCAGUGUUGUUGUGCAAAAUAGAGCAUUAAGUAUAUUAUUAAAAUUGGUUAUCAGAGGAGAUGUCCAAACUGAGCUAGGCAAAACAAACUCCUCAAAAAUUCUUUUACAAAUUUACCCAAGAUUGAGGAGCAUUAAAGAAAAAUCAGCUUGCAUAUUAAUUUUGGCAUUAAUUAGUAACAAUUAUUUACCUUUGUUACAAGAUAUUAAUUACGCUGAGUUUUUUAUAGGGAAAGCUAACCAAUCUCGUGAAGAGAUCGCUAGGGAGUGUGGAAUUUCUAAGCCCAGCACGUCACAGUUAGAAAUUAUUGAAGAAAUUGUAUUAUGUUUUGCCUAUUUUAUUUUUAGGGUCCCAAUUGGCAUUUAUAUUUGGUAUGCUGAAGUCUUAUCCAAUGUGCCAAAAUAAAUAUUAAUAAGUGAGUUACGUAAAUAAAAUAAGAGGAAAUCAUAAAAAUUAGCAUGGUUACUUGUAUAGCUUUACCUGAACAAUAUGUUCAAACUGAUAUGAAAGCUAAAAUUAAAUUUGUUUGCACUCAAUGUAGAAGCCCUUCCCAUUAUAUAAGAAAUAGAUCAGCAGGGACUUUAAGUGUCUUAGCAAGCAUAGGCUCUAUACGACAUUUAUUAGUAGGAAAUGGAGUCAUUGAUGAGCUUAUGAUGCUGCUUAAGGAUAAAAAUGAUAGCGUAAUCUGUCAAACUGCAAAAGCUAUCAUAAACCUCUCAACAAGACCAGAAAACAUUGAACUUUGGCUUAAAUUUGACUCAACUUAUGCAGUAGAUGCGGCAAAUCUGCAUGUCCCUGAGUUGACUAUAGAAAUUGCUCCUCUUAAAAAGAAUACAGGUCUUUAUGUCAUUUGGGGUAAAGAAUUUUCAACAGGAGACGCCAUUUCUUUUAGGGAUAUUCCAUUUGUGCCUGCUUGGUCAAUUUCUGUAUGGUUCAGGACGCCUUUAAGCAAAUCAAAAAGAAAAGUUAGCAUUCUUGUACAAGGGCAAACAGGUGCAGGUGCUAUGGUCGCCUAUCAUAAAGGCGCAAUAAAAAGUUUUGACCAAAAAACUGGGUAUUUUAUUACCUUAUGGGAUGGAAUUGACAGUCUAGAAAAAGGCUGGCACCAUAUGGCUGUUCUUAGGUCUGACAAUGGAAAAAUGGAAGUUUUAAUUGAUGGGAAAAAUCAGCCAGAAAAUAUAAAAAUCGUCAAUAUAAUGGAGCCAAUGAAGUAUUUCGGCAACAGCAAGGCAGGAAAUGAGCCUUUUGGAUGUAUUGCAGACUUAAGGAUUUAUACAAAAACUUUGGCAUACUCAGAAACAAAGGCACUAGCUAAAUAUAAUGAAAAUGUGAUAGAUGGGCUGCCUGAUAAUAUGAUAGAAUACGUCAAUAUUUGUGAUGGAGUCAGCCAUGUAAUCCAAGCAAUGGCCAAUGCAACUGAUAUCGUAAAGGUAGAGCUAUGUCAUGCCUUAGCCAAUUUAUCGACCAAAUCUAGCUGCCGCUCAAGCAUCUUAAGGAAUAAUGGCUUGCCAAUACUUAUAGAUUGCAUGAACACGAAAAAUGAAUUUUUACGAGUUCAAGCUGCAAGAUGUCUCGUUAAUUUAGCAUAA